AUGGCUCUACGGUCAUUGUCCUUACUUACCCGCCCGGGGCGAUGGAUUUCCGUUGCAGUGCCUUCAACAACCCAGAAAAGCUUCUUCAAACGUUGGGCAUCGACAAAGCACGAUCGUGGUGACAGUUGGCUGGCUUCAAUGCUCAGCCGAAGUGAUUCAAAGGAAUCUCAGUCCGGUCUGUUGUCGAACACUGUGACGAUUUUCGAGUUACAAACUCAUGUCGUGAAACCACAGUUCAUGUGUGAAUACCUCAAGGAAAUGGAGCAUUUUGUGAAUGUUCUUUCUAAGACUGAUAGCAACUCGGAGCUUCUGGGAAGCUGGACUUGCGAGAUCGGAUUUCAGGAUACAGCAUAUCACUUAUGGAAGUAUUCUGCCGGUUACCCAGGCCUUAGCCAACAUACAGAGAUAUAUAGAUCGCAUAAGGAAUUGACCGAAAGCCGACACCGAAGGAACGUAAUGUUGCACACGAGAAAGAACGAAAUUUGCUUAACCUUCAGCUUCUGGCCAGACCCUACCCCAAGGCCUGAUGAAAACAAUAUUUAUGAAUUGCGUUCGUACGCUCUGAAGCCCGGUACAAUGAUCGAAUGGGGAAACCACUGGGCACGUGGGCUUCGUCUGCGAUCAAAACAACGUGAGCCUGUUGCUGGGCUUUUCUCACACAUAGGCGAACUUCAUCAAGUCCAUCAUUUGUGGGCCUAUAGCAGCUUGGAAGCGCGCCAGAAAUCUCGUGAUGAUACUUGGCAAGACCCUGACUGGAGCAAAUGCGUAAUGCACACAGUUCCUCUGAUCCGACGAAUGACGAGCAAUAUCCUCCGCCCUACUCCGUUUAGUCGGAUGCAGUAAACUUUCCGGUGUCUACGGGACGAGUAGGAAACAAUCAUCCCCACACAUAGCGCUUAUGUCUUGGCAUUCUCUAUUUUCAUCGCAGUGCAGUCUCCUUCCCUUUUCGGACGCUUGUAUCAUUCGUGAACUCAGGGUCGCAUUGCUCAGGCGCCUUUUCCUUCAAUCCCCCUGCAUUAUUUUGUCCACCAUGUUUUCCCAGUCAGUCUCUUAUUCUUCAGGGUAUUUGUAAUGACCCUAGGUUGUUUCAUAG